CACAACCUCACAUGACAACGUGCGGCAAGUUUGUCCCUGCGUACUGCAAACUGCCUGCUGCCAUGAGGCUCCGUCUCUCGGUGCAGCGCCACGGCCUGCCGCCUACCAACAUCCUCUGGACAAUCACUGAAGAGCAGAGCACGCUUGCCUACACCAUCGCCAAGCUGCUAGACGACAUUAAUCGCAUUAUCCCACUCGAAGCAGAGCACUGGGGCCUAGAAGACUACGUCGUUGAGGUGGCCGGCUUUGAAUGUCUCCACUUUUCGCCUGUCGCCCGGAUCCUUAAGGACGAGGACCAAGUCUCUAUCCGCUCCCUAUUUACCGCCGACGUUCGUGGCCGCACGCUCUCUGGGAGGCUGCAGAUCUCUGAGGGAGGUCAGCACCUUGUCGACGGCAUUCCCUUUGGGCGCCCAUAUCUCCGCGAGCCCAAUCGCCCUCCGAUCCGCAUACCUCCUCUGAAGCGGCGUCGACUGCUGCAUGAACCGGCCGCAGCUGAGGAAGGAAAUGGCGAGCUUGCAGGCUUGCUCACAGAGCAUGGCCAUGUAUCGUCGUCUGGGCAAGGCAGCGACGCUGGUCCGGGUGACGAUAUCAAUGCCGUCAAAGGACGUUCGUUGCGGCCGAAGUCACGUGCUAAGGCCGUCCGAUUCCAAAUCUCGCCGGCGGGCAACCCUAGCGACAGCGAAGACAACAGCGAAGACAACAGCGAAGACGACGGCGAUUUCAACCCGGAUGCCGACGUCGACAUAGACUCGUCUUCGGUGUCGUCCUCGUCGGAAGAAACAUCCGAUGGAAGCUCUGAUGAGAGCUCUAACGAGAGCUCCGAGGGCUCCGAAGGGGCCGUGGACGAUGCGGGAAGGAAGGCAGCUCCCAAAGCCGCAGCCCAGGCUAGAGAUGGGUCUUCCAAUGGCUCUGACAGCGAGUCUUCCGAGGAAAAUUCAGAUUCCGAUUCCGGUCCCGAUUCAUCCUCCAAUGAGAGUGACGAACCGACAGUCGAGACUACGAAGAAGAAGACUACGCCGCCGAAAAGGGGUCUUAAGGCUACCCAGUCACGCAACACACGCCGAAAAGAAGUGGCCCUUCUCAAGAGGACGCUACAGCCCCUCGGGUUAGCUUCCCCCACUGCAAGCCUCGCAGCUGCUAGAACAUUUAAAGAGCAACCUCUCCACGUGAGAGAGAAACAAAUCGCUGAUGCGAGAGACUCUCUUGGCUUAUCUGAUACCAUAAGGACGAAAAAGAGGAAGCGAUACGAUGCGCAGACUGCACCCAUCGGAAAACACAUACAUUUUGAGGGCACCAACGCGGUUGCUGAGACUGCUCAGGCUACGCAGCAGACUGGCAACCAGCAAAACACUACCCAGAAUGAAUCGGAAACUCCGCACAUGUCUGAAGAAGAGCGUCGGCAACUUGAGAUUCGCCGCGCCCAGCUUCUGGCUUCAAUCGACUCUGGCGGCGUCGAUGUUACUGCCGGGCCCACCAACGGGGUCUCCCUAACUGAUGUCAGCGCACGCACCUCUGUUGCUAAGACUCUAGGGCCGCAGCCCUCAAAGCGACCACGUCUCGACCUGGGAGCUGCUGGCCGGAUGAUCAAAGCGGGAAUUCCACCGGCGAAGAAAAAUACCUCACCCAAGCCCAAGCAGCAACCUCACCCCGAGCCGACCAAUCCCGACGCCUGGAAAACUAAGAUCAACUACUCCGCUUACGAAUGCUGGUACGAGGAGUUCGACGAGCUUAGCGCGCCCCCGUUCCCCUUCCAGCAACACUGGGACAAGGAAUCGUGCGCAGCUAUGAGGGAGAGAUUCAAUGCGAGUAAACGGAAGAAGAAAGGGGAAAAAAAGAAAGGUCCUAGUCCUGCAGCCCAUCUUAUUUUGGACUACGGCGAGAACUCAGUGGACGUUGACACUGUCAUCCAAUCACAGCUCCAGGAUGAUGUCGAAACUGCGGACAAAAUUGAGCCCCAACCAGAGAACGGCCUUGACAUCCCUGGUAAGAUCGAUAUACCCCCUGUUCCCACCGAUCUAGACUUCUACCCGCCAGUCGCCGAAGAGGAUCUCAAAGUCGGGGCAGUCAUCGUUUUCAAACAUUUCGCGCUCAACCUGGAGGAUAUGACGCCAGAGAUUAGCAACCAUAAAACUGCUAUUGUUGAGCAUGUCCAUGCUGAGGACAGAAUGGUGGGCCUUCGACUUUCUAGGCAGGAUGAAGGAGGUUUAGAGAAGGAUGACGAUGGCUGCGUGUAUUUAGAGCGCGGUGAGUUGCUUGAGGCGAAGUUGUUGAAGGGCGCCUAGGUUCGGUGAAACAUUAGACAAGGUUAGCAAAGUUGCACCAUAGUUUGGCGACACGACGGCAGAGUUGACGGUGGGCCUGGUAGUUGAUGGAAUUAUCUGCGAAGAUACUUGGGGUCCACCUCUUAUCUGGGUGCGGAGAGAAAUCAUCACAGAUUGUGCAAGAUCUCCGCGCGAUUCGUACGUACAUAUUUC